AUGAGGCGCGCAGUAAUCGAUGCUUUGGUGCAAGCUAUCGCCCCCGCCCCUGCACAGCAUAUGGUAGAAAUAGGCCCAGGCUUGGGGGCAUUAACGCAGCCCCUGCUGGCGCAUUUGGAGCGUUUAACCGUGAUAGAGUUAGACCGUGACUUGGCGGUGCGUUUACAAAAAACCCCAAAACUGGACGUUAUACAAGCCGAUGUGCUAACGGUAGAUUUUGCAGCUUUGACAAAAGAGCUUGCAAUAAGUCAAACAAAAGAUCAGAAAAAUGAUGUGCCCCUACGCAAUGCACAUCUACGCAUAGUGGGUAAUUUGCCUUAUAACAUAUCCAGCCCCAUCCUGUUCCACUUAUUGCCCUAUGCCGCGCAUAUAGAUGACCAGCACUUUAUGCUGCAAAAAGAGGUGGUAGAGCGCAUGGUGGCAACACCUUGCACGGCGGCCUAUGGCAGGCUAAGCGUCAUGCUGCAAUGGCGGUAUGCGAUGGAAAUGCUUUUUAGCAUACCGCCAGAGGCAUUUAGCCCCGCCCCGCGCGUACAGUCUGCCUUUGUGCGUAUGCUGCCUCACGCGCAACCCGCAGCGGUGGAGCCUGCCGUGUUGCAAGAAGUGGUAAAAAUCGCCUUUAGCCAGCGGCGUAAAAUACUGCGCAACACCUUGGGUAAAUGGCUGGAGGCACAAGGUUUUGAGGAAAAUUUUGAUGUGCAACGCCGCGCUGAAGAAGUGCCUGUGGCAGAAUAUCUGAAAUACAUCGUCGCCUUGGCACGCGAGAAGCACUUUGGGCGUGCCGCUGAGGCUUGCCAUGUGUCGCAGCCUACGCUGUCGCUGGCAAUCAAAAAGCUGGAGGAGGAGUUGGACACCAAGCUGUUUGAACGCAGCGCGGGAGAGGUAAACGCUACACCGUUGGGGCUAGAGGUCUUGCGUCAGGCACAAGUGGUGUUGGAGCAAGCCGAGCGCAUUAAAGAAAUUGUGAAGAGCGGUAAAGACCCGCUGCAAGGCGCGUUAAAACUCGGUGUUAUCUACACUAUAGGUCCGUAUUUAUUGCCUGAUUUGGUACGCCAAAUCAUCCAAAAAACCCCUCAAAUGCCGCUCAUGCUGCAAGAGAAUUUUACCGUACGCCUGCUGGAGAUGCUACGCAGCGGUGAGAUAGACUGCGCCAUUUUGGCUGAGCCUUUCCCUGAUACCGGUUUGGCUAUUGCUCCGCUGUACGAUGAGCCAUUUUGGGCAGCGGUGCCCGUGCACCACCCCUUGGCAAAACGCGAGCAACUCUCCAGCCUGGAGCUAAAAGAGCAAACCAUGCUGCUACUGGGCGCAGGGCAUUGCUUUCGCGACCAUGUACUAGAG